AUGGGCUCUCAAACUCCUCUAAAGCUUCCAGUCAUUGACUUCACUAAGCCAGACCUAAAACCGGGAACCAUUGAGUGGGAUUUGGUGAAAGGGCAAGUCAAGCAAGCCCUUCAAGAAUACGGUUGCUUUGAGGCUUUGUUCGAUAGGAUUCCUCUCGAUGUUCGAGAGACAAUAUUUGGAGCCUUGGAAGAGCUUUUUGACCUCCCUUUACAAACCAAAAUUCGCAAUGUUUCCAAGAAGCCUUAUCAUGGCUAUGUUGGCCAAUACCCUCAAGCACCAUUAUAUGAGAGCUUGGGCAUUGACGAUGCAAACAUUAUUGAAAAAGUUGAAGCCCAGACUCGUACCUUGUGGCCAGAUGGAAACAAAAGUUUCAGCAACAUUAUACAAUCUUUCUCAAAGCAAUUAUCAGAGUCAGAUCAAAUGAUUAGAAGAAUGAUAUUGGAGAGCUAUGAUCUUGAGAAAUAUAUGGAUGAGCACAUGGACUCGACGAACUACCUUCUUAGGUUAAUGAAAUAUAAAGGGCCGAAAACCACCAAAACAAAGCUUGGACUACACAGUCACACAGACAAGAACAUAGUGACCAUAUUGUACCAAAAUGAGGUUGAAGGGUUGGAGGUACAGACAAAGGACGGAAAAUGGUUCGAUGUGAAACCCUCCAAAGGCUCUUUCAUUGUCAUGAUCGGGGAAUCUCUCCACGCAUGGUUAAAUGGCCGACUGCACGCUCCUUAUCAUCGGGUCAUGAUGAGCGGAGACAAGGCGAGGUACUCCAUCGGUCUGUUUUCAAUCCCGAAAGGAGGUUACACGAUAAAGGCCCCAGACGAGCUAGUGGAUGAAGCACACCCCUUGCUCUUUAAGCCCUUUGAUCACGUUCAAUUCUUGGGGUUCUACUACACCGAGGCUGGUCAAAAGGCUGAAUCUGCCCUUAAAGUUUAUUGUGGUGUCCAGAAUUAA